AUGGGUUUGCUUAACUGCACAUUUAGGACCUUUCAUUGCCUCACUACAUCGUUUACAAACGAGUUGAACAAUGAAGCUUCUGAAGCACGAACGUUGAUCUCUAUGACAUGUCCUAUGUUGGAAGAUAUUAAGCAAAGUUUAUAUUGCUUAGAUUUUAUUCAACAUUAUAAAGUUUCCAAUUUAUUUCGAAACAUCGUGACGCUUUUAUCUGACUCUAGAAAAGGCCUUCACAGUCAAAAAAGUUUAAUUGGUUUUCUUCUCGAUCGUUCGUGCCUUGUUGAAAUCAACAGCUGA